AUGCUUUCAAAGAAAGCGACGCAACACGUUAAGCCACUUUAUCGUGCAGCUUACAAAUAUGAGAUUCAGCAUCUACGUGACCUAUGCAGAAACGAGAUUAUGCCAUCUUUUGGCUCUUUGAAUGCUCUUCAACUUCUUGGCUCGCCCAAAUCCCGUUUGACAAAGCCCUCAGUGAUGAUGCCUUCACCCAAAUCUUAUCGUGGAGAUAAUGAAGGCUAUUUCGCCGCCUAG